AUGUCUUAAGAUGUGGAGAUAAUAAAAAAGAAGACUCCAUCAAUAGGUAAAAGAUUUACUGUGAGGAGAUAAGGAUCAAUAUUAUCUGACUCUAAAAGCACAUUUGAAGAUAGUAGAAUCACAUUAUUACUACUUGAAUAAUAUCGAUUAGUGGAGAUGGCUAGGUUUUGUGUGAUAUUUGGAACAUUAAUCAUAGCAAUAUUGGAAGUAACACUAUUAUUGGAAUUAGUAGUACGAGUGUUCAUUUUCAGAUCAAUUUGUAAAUGAAUUUGAAACAGAGACAUUAACAUUAUUAUUCAUCAUAUUUUUGAUGACCCUUUCUGCAAGUACAUGCUUUCCCCUUGCUAUCGUAUAGUUGUACUAACUUUAAUUUCGUACGAAGUUCUGUUAAGAUAUAAAAAGAGAGCAAUGGUAAUCACACCUUAAGCUGGAUUGCUUGACUCAAAUUUAGUUUAGAGUUUGGUGAUAGAGAUUAUAUUGAUAUUACCAACUCCAACUCCUUUCACUU